AUCUGCCGCUCCGCGACGCAAUAUAAACAAACACGCUCGCCCUCGGGUUAACUCGUUCACAGCUUGAAAUUGCAUGACUUGGGUCCAAUUUCUUCAUAUAAUAUGCAGAUUACUCCAUGAUGUUUGGUAUCCAUAGGGAAGUCGCAAGUUGGAAGAUCAUAAAAACAUGCUGGAAAACCUUUCAAAGGAAUACAAAUGUGAUUGCUGUUGUUAAUGUUUGCGAUGCAGCCGUCCAUCCCGCCAUCAUCAUUAGCGCCGACCCAGCCGGCAGCGAUGCGGGCGGCUUCUUGCCUGCUGACGGCGGCUUUUCCGUCAGUUUGAAGGCAAAUGUAGCUGGAAAUGGCAUCAUUGCAAGGAGUUUCACCAGCUCUUCACAAUCAUGCAGGAAGAGAGUUUAUGAUUCGGAAGAUGAGCACGCAAUCGACAGAAACUAUAACAACCCUCUUAACAAAUAUUUGGAACAAAAUGAUGGAAGUUCAGAAAUGUCAUUGGAAGAAAUUGCAAGAAAACAAAAGAGAAAGAUACGGUCCAUCACGAGAGCUAGAGCUGCAAGAGAGUUCAGACAGGGACCUGAGCAACGUAGCCUAUCCUGGGACACCAUCCAGCAGAUACACUAUCUAAGACAGGAGAAUCCUGAGGAAUGGUCUGUCGCCACGUUGGCGGAGAGCUUCAAUGUAUCUGAAGAAGUCAUCGCCAAAGUUCUGAAAAGCAAGUUCAGGCCCAACGCAAAGACCAGACAGAAGCAAGACCUGGCUGCUGCAGAGAGCACAGGCUAUGUAACUGGUGGGGCCUCCCAGACACAGGCCAUUGUGGCAACUGGCAAUGUUGAUAGACGAACUGAUAAUGAAGGAAAAGAAAACAAGCGCACAUAUAAGAGUACACAAGCUUCUGGAUAUGAGAAAGAAUCACAGUCAAAAGCAGGACAUGAUAAAUCAGCAGUCGUGGAAAACAGACCUUCGUCAGGGGAAAGUCAAGAGCAUCAAAUGAUGAUGAAAAGGAAGGACCUUUGGGAUGCAAAUUCAUACAACACCCAGAAAGAGGAGAUUGAUGGAGAACAGAAAGAUCCAGAAAUGGAGUUUUCUAUUGGUGAUAUUGAUUUUGAGAACGUGGACAGCUUGAUGGGACAGGCCAAACUGAAACCGCAGGUCUUCCAGAAGGGCAGGAACUUCUACAAUGAACGUGGGGAAUUCUUGUACCGUAUUUAGUACAAUUUUCUAUGUGUAACAGUAUGCUUUGCAGUCUCAAGUUUUAUGAACAAUCAUGCCAUCUUGAAAUCUCGCUGAUAUUCAUUUGGCAGUUCUUACUGCAGUGACUUAAACUGGUAAAUCUUAUUUUGAAAUUGAUUUUUUUUUUAAUGUAAAUUUGGUAGAGACUACGAAAGAGGAGAAAUGUUGCCUUAUAAAUAUAAUGUGACCAGAUGAUAUUUUUGUUCUAAUUUUUGUUUAAAUAAAUAGAAUAUGAUAAUUACUAUACAUUAUUCAAUUUAAAAGAAAUAUGAAGCUACAUUAAGUCACAUAUGAGUCGUUUCAUGUACGGCAUUUUUUGUGACAUACCAGAAGUGAGAAACUAUCAACCAUAUUGUUUGCUCAAAUUGUGUUCAUUCAUUGCAUAAACAUUAUCAACAGAUGAUUUCAUCUUCCAUGUGUAGUACUAAUGUUACAUGGACACUGUCAUAAUUUCUGCCCCAACCUCAUGGAACAACCAGUUGACCCACAUCACAUGUAUUCAUAGUUCCAUACUCUUAGUGCAUAUUCGGAUGGUCGUGUGUCCAGGGUGCCUGUUAGCGUUGAGCCCUACUUUACAUGUUGAUAUUUCUCAAAUUAACUGUGAAAUUGUGCAUACACACCUGAGAGUAAGGUCUUCCAGUCUAGCUUCAAUCAAAUUAGAAAAUGCUCAGUGAAUCAAUAGGAAUUGAUUCAAUGAAACAUCCAAAAGGUAUUUACCUGUGCUUUGUCAUAUUGGACUAAUUUCUAAUAAUUAUUUUAACCAUCUUGGUG